CGGAGCGUGAGUGGAGUGGAGAUGAGAAAAAGGCAGGCGGCGCAAAUCGAGGCACCACCACAGGUCCCUGGACAGCCCCGACCCAACACCUGCUGCCUCUGCUGGUGCGGCUGCUGCAAGUGUCUCUGGAGUGAAGACAGGAUGGAGAGAAGUCAGACCUGCACAAAGAUGGACAGUAUUGAAGCUGCAGAAGAACAACACCCCAGCCUUGACGAGGUGCUGUCGUGGUCUCGGAGCUUUGAGAUGAUGCUGCGUUCACUGGACGGCCGUGAGAUAUUUCAGGAGUUUCUGAGGUCGGAGUACAGCGAGGACAACCUCCUGUUCUGGUUGGCCUGCGACGAGUUGAGGAAGGAGACUGAUCCGUCCGUGGUGGACGAGAAAGCCCGACUAAUAUAUGAAGACUAUGUGUCCAUACUGUCCCCGAAAGAGGUGAGUUUGGACUCCCGGGUACGUGAGGGCAUCAACCAGAGCCUGGCCGAGCCCAGCAGCCUGAUGUACGAGGAGGCGCAGCUCCAAAUCUACACGCUGAUGCACCGAGACUCCUUCCCCCGCUUCCUCAACUCCAGCGUUUACAGAGACCUCCUCGCCAACAGGAGACGCACCUGCCUCGACACUUAA